AUGGACCCUACGAUUAACGACUAUUCGGCCUCGGCGGGGCCGUCGGCCGCCGAUGAUCCCUUCGACGACCCGCAAGCACGUUUCGAGCAACUUUCAGAAGAACUGAGCAUCCAGCAAGCCGUACUAGCGAGUCUGCGAGAUCUCCCAGGAGCAAGUGCAGAGGAGGAGAUUGCAGAGGCGGAGGCUACGAUCGGGGACCUCAAGCGCCAGCUCGCUGAGGUUAGCAAGUUGGUACGGCGCAAUGACCGACCCACGAAUGCAUCCACAUCUGUCACCAACGGAUAUUCGGGAAGCUCAACCCCGGCAAAUCAAAGCGGUCUGAGCCUGGGAACAUCGGGGCGGAAGCGUCCUUUGGAAAACUCGCAUCUCGAUGUUGGCUCGUCGGACCAGAGCAUCCCGAAAUCCAGGAGAACUACCCCAAGUCCUGCGUCGAGGGCCUUCAGGAAGUCCGAGUUUGGCACGUUCAGCGACGAUGACCUAUCUCAAAUUAUCGACUUAACUGGGGAUGACGAUGCCGCUUGGCGUUCCACUAUCCAACGACAGAGAAAAGCUGAAGAGCGCGCGAGCCGAAUCAAGGCGGAAACGGAUAGGGAUGCUGCUUUCGCAAGAAACUUUCAUGAAUCCUCUUCGUCGCCUGUAAGCGGGCCAGCUUUCGGCGUGCCAUCACGACCCAACCAAACCAAUGCCUUCAACCGGAUUCUGGGGAGGUCCUCUCCUUCGCCGUGGCCUGCCGGCCAUACGACUCAAGUGAAGCCUGAGCCGGGCCUGACAUUAGCAACAAGACCCCAUAACCUAGCCAACAGGACAGCAAACAAUCCCGCCAACCAUAGCAACGGGGGUGACUACUGGGGUACUUCUAAAGUCAAAUCCGAGCCCACAGAUCAUAGUCUUCGGAUCCCUGGUGUGUUCGUGGAUUCGGACGAGGAGGGCGACGACCUGUACAGGCCCAGCAGUUCGCGGCCAAGCCUCGGCACGAACCCUCAAUCCUUCAGGCCAUCACUUCCUUCGCUCCCUUCACUCCCUUCCUUUUCGUCGACCUUCGCCCAUCUUCCUCCUCCAACGGCUUCCACGCCCACCGCGCUGCCUCCGUUUCCGCGUAACCCGGGAACGGGCAUUCCCGCCAUCGAACUGGCCCGACAAUCCUCGAUCGCUCGUCAGGAAGGGGCAGUUUGGCCACCAGCUGGUCCUAUCAGCCAGCUCAUGCAUGCGCCCGGCAGACUCCCAGAAAGCCCGGCUGGACGCCCGGGUUAUAUGCUCAAUGGUUCUUACCACUCCUUGUCGGGUCCGCCAUCACUACCUCCGCCAGGGGGGCUUGCUGCCACCAUCAACCGUGUCAACGGGUAUGACUUCAACCGGAUGCUGGAUAGCAACGGGAACCCGUUGAACGAACGAAUCACCAAUUUCCUUGAUGAUUAUUACAAUGACCCUAGGAAGACGGAUGAAGACAUUCAACAAUUGUUGUCGAACAUCCGGCCGGAUAUGGAUUUGCCAGAGGAGGAACGAGGCGAAACUCCCGACGCCAUGAAAUACCCCCUCUACCCCCAUCAACAACUCGCACUGAAAUGGAUGACGGAUAUGGAGGAAGGCACCAACAAGGGUGGAAUCUUGGCUGAUGACAUGGGCCUCGGCAAGACAAUUUCCACUCUGGCUUUGAUGGUCUCCCGGCCGCCCCCUGAUAACGUCAGGACCAAUCUAAUCAUCGGGCCCGUGGCUCUCAUCAAACAAUGGGAAUCAGAGGUGAGAAAGAAGGUCAAGGCCGCGCACAAGUUGAGUGUCUUCCUUCUGCACUCCAAAAAGCGGCCUUACUCGGAAUUGAAGAGGUACGAUGUGGUUCUUACCACGUACGGGUCAGUGGCAGCCGAGUGGAAACGGUACUCCCAACACGUUGAAGCACGGCAAGCAUCCGAUAGAUACCGCGAGGAAGACGACAUGGAGUUAGCCAAGAAAUGCCCCCUGCUUCACCCAAAAAGCAGGUUCUAUCGCGUCAUUCUUGAUGAGGCCCAGUGCAUCAAGAACAAGGACACACAAGGCUCCAAGGCUGUGCACAAAAUCAACGCCACCUACCGGUGGUGCCUUACUGGCACCCCGAUGAUGAAUGGUGUGACGGAAUUGUACCCACUGAUCCGGUUCUUGAGGAUUCGGCCGUAUAAUGAUUUCAAGACUUUCCAACAGGCCUUCAAAGGACUCAAUGCGAAGAGUACCGUUUCGGAUUACACGCGUGAUAAUGCCAUGCGUCAGCUCCAAGCUAUUCUAAAGGCCAUGAUGUUGAGGCGCAUGAAGAACUCGAUGAUCGACGGCAAACCCAUCCUGACACUACCUGACAAAAAAGAAAAUUCGGAACAUGUCGUGUUUUCCGACGACGAGCGCCAGUUUUACGAGGAUCUAGAGUCACGAUCGCAGGUCCAGUUCAACAAGUUCCUCCGCGCAGGGACGAUCGGCAAGAAUUACUCCAACAUUCUCGUUCUCCUGCUGCGUCUUCGUCAAGCAUGCUGCCACCCGCACUUGACGGAAUUUGAGGCUUCCGGUGUCGCUGUUUCCGACGUCGACAUGUUAGCGCUAGCCAAGGAGCUGAAGGCAUCAGCCAUUCCACGCAUUAAGGCCAUUGAGGCUUUCGAAUGCCCCAUCUGCUACGACGGCGUCGAUGAUCCGCUCCUCAUCAUUCCUUGCGGGCACGACACCUGUGCGGAGUGUUUUGCGUCGCUCACUGAGAAUAACGCUCAAGACAACCUUCGGAACGGUGAUGAGGGUCGGACAGCCAAGUGUCCACAGUGCCGCGAGCCAAUCCAGCCGACAAAAGUCAUCACUCUUACCGCUUUCCGCAAAGUACACGCCCCCGAAGCUCUACCCCCCGAGGAAGCUGCCGCUCUUGUCGAGGCUCGCGAGGAGGUUUCCGACUCGGAGGAUUCCGACGAUUACUCUUCGGAUAGUGAGGAUGAGUCUGACGCGGACAAGUUUGGAAACCUUGCGGGGUUUGUCGUUCCAGAUAAUGCUGGUGAUGGCGAUACUAGUGAUAGCGCCGACCUUGACCGGGAACUGGACGCCGCAGCUCGAGCUUUUAAGAAGCUUGAGAAAUCCAAAGCAAAGAAGGAGGCCAAGAAAGCCAAGAAGGCUCUUGACAAGGGACAGAGCAGCAAGGCGGAAGGGAAAAAGAAGGCCAAAACAAAGGAAGAGAUCCAGCCUCACAUGCUCGCCCAGCUCCGCAAUGAGUCUGACCGCAACAAGGCGGCCCGCCGGCGGUACAUGCAUUACCUACGCGACAACUGGCUGGACUCGGCCAAAGUCACUCAGGUCAUCGAGCUUCUCGAAAAGAUUCAAGAGACCGGCGAGAAGACCAUCAUUUUCUCCCAGUGGACUGCGCUUCUCGACUUGAUCGAGUGCCAGAUUAAGUACAAGCUGAACCUGCGCUACUGCCGUUACACCGGCAAGAUGUCGCGCAACCAGCGCGAUGAGUCGGUCCAGGACUUUAUCGAAAACCCGAGGAACACAGUCAUGCUGGUGUCCCUCCGCGCCGGAAACGCCGGCCUCAACCUCACUAUCGCCAGCCGCAUCAUCAUCUGCGACCCAUUCUGGAAUCCGUUCAUCGAGGCGCAGGCUGUCGACCGCGCUCAUCGCAUCGGCCAGCAGCGCGAGGUCCAGGUGCAUCGUAUCCUAGUCAAGGAGACGGUUGAGGACCGCAUCUUACUACUACAGGAGAACAAGCGCAAAUUGGUCGAGGCCGCUCUAGACGAGGGCCAGAGCCAAAGCUUGGGCCGGCUCAGCAACCAGGAGCUAGCUUACCUGUUUGGUGUGGGCUCGAGGCAAUAA